AUGUCUAGAUUAUCCUUUUCACCUCAAUGCGUGUUGUGCCCAUCAUAUGAACUCACAAAACCUCUCGACGCCAAUAAAUCUUUUUUACUUAAAGAAUGUCUCACGUAUGUCAAAGGAGAAGUGGUCUAUCCAGAAAGUACAAAUUACCUUUCGAGUAUUGCAAAUUGCAAUUGUCGAUUGAUUCUUCAUCCAAUCGCCAUAGUCUACGUUUUAGACGUAGAGGAUGUCCAGGAAUCAAUUAAUUGUGCAAAUCAGUUAGACAUUCCAGUGGUUCCUAAAUCGGGAGGUCAUUCUUACGAGGGCUAUAGUCUUGGAGGCAGAGAUGGUGUAUUGGUCAUAGACGUGAGUAAGUUAAACCAAGUCACGGUUGAUCUCGAAUCCCAGACCGCGGUUGUCGGAAGCGGCAAUAGGCUAGGCCCGGUUUACGCUAAACUGAAUGAAUCUGGCUUUGUAAUCCCUGCCGGAUCUUGCCCACAAGUCGGAGUUGGCGGUCAGGCAACAGGUGGAGGAUACGGAUUCUUAGGAAGAAAAUAUGGAAUGUUGUCAGAUAAUGUAAUAGCAGCUGAGAUUGUAAUAGCCAAUGGUUCAUUUCUUUCAGUUAAUUCCACUCAACAUCCGGAUCUCUUUUUUGCACUUCGAGGUGCUGGUAAUGCUGGGUACGGUGUAGUAACAUCUUUUACUAUGAAAGUGUACCCAGCACCAGAAACGGUCACCGUUUUCAACUUUACUUAUGCCACGAGUGAUGCACAAAAAGUUUUUGACACCUUCAGUACAGUGGGACCAACAUUAAAUAAGAAUUUCUCUUUGUACCUUUCCCUUUUCUCUGAUUUAAUUUACGAGGGAAACGAAUGUGACAAAAAUGACGAAACUGAUAAAUUAACCAUUCACGGAUCAAACUUUGGACCCCUUGAUGAAACGAAAUCCCUUUUAGAAGAAUUCAUAAAUCUUAAUCCCAUAAAGGAACCAGUAUUCAUAGAGGCAGGUUGGUGGGAUACAGUUAUAGACUUUGUUGGUGAUGGUAACGAGACCGCCGUUUUGCAUCCAUACUUUUAUCCCGAACCGUUUAAACAAAAGUCAUUUUUUGUCGAUUCGCCGGGCCUAACAACUGAGGGUUUGACGUUUUUACAAAACUAUAUCAAUUCGUCAAAAUGCAAGACAGUGGUUUUGACUGAAUUAUAUGCAGGUGGUAGGGUAAAUGAGAUUUCAACGGACGAAUCUGCAUUCUUUCACAGGGACUCUUUAUAUGUGAUUCAAUUAGAGACGAAAUUAAAGGGCGUCAGUCAAGAUUUAUGGGAAGAAUGUGUGAAUGCUGUCAAUAAGUUUGGAACAGAAUUCCAAGGAAAUUAUACUUCUUAUCAUAGUUAUCAAUUAUAUAUUGAUAAGGAUUUGAGUGAUUGGGGAACCAGGUAUUAUGGAUAUCAUUUUACGAAAUUAAUUGAGAUCAAAGCGACGUAUGAUCCUUUGAAUAGAUUUAAUUGGGCACAAAGUAUUCCAAUUGAAUAG